AUGCCGAUGUUGUAUGCCUCUACGGCGCAAUUUUUGCUGUGCAAAAUUUCUCACACAUCAGGUGGUUAUGGUUUGAUUACGCAGCCAUCUGCCUACCAGUACUACGAGAAUCAUCAUCACCACCAUCAUCACGAUGCUCAUCACGAAUCCGAAGUCGAUGACAGUGAUGCGCCGAAUGUGCCAAUGCAUUUUCAUGGCAAUGCUACGAAUCCACAUGGCGAUGACGACAGUGUUGCUAAAUUACUGGAAGCAAAAGUGCGGGUACUGUGUUGGAUAUUAACCGGAAAGCAGAAUCAUGAAAAGCGAGCGAAACACGUGAAAGCAACGUGGAGUCGGCGCUGUUCGAAAUAUAUCUUUAUGUCAUCAGAAGCAGAUCCAUCACUGCCAUCCGUGAAUCUGAAUAUCUCGGAAGGUCGUGACCAUCUCUGGGCCAAAACAAAAGCAGCAUUCAAAUAUGUUCAUGAUUUGUAUAUUAAUGAUUAUGACUGGUUCAUGAAAGCUGAUGAUGACACAUAUGUCAUUGUGGAAAAUUUGAGGUAG